AUGAGGAAUGGACUUGCAGAAUCAUUAUCGAAAUGGCUAACUGAGUCGGCUUACAAUUUGGCUAUGUUCGAAGAAAGGCGUGUCGUUGUUGUCGGGAUUCUUGGAAAAGCUUCUAGUGAUUGUUCUAAAGCCGAUCCUAUCAAUCACUUACUAGGACGUCCAGUCUUCAUUCAACGAAUUCCUCUAGAAGGCAGUACUGCUUCGAUUGAAGCUUAUUACGAAUCGGAAUUGUCGGUUCUUUUUUUGCAUCUUUCUGGUUAUGGUGAUUUGUGUUCCCUGGAACAUUUUGUACGAAAUAAUGAUGAUGAUGGAAAAGAUUUUUUCGAAUUUCUUUCGCAGCAAGAAAUCGAUUAUGCACGUUGCCUGACCUUUCUCUUGCUUUAUUCGCACUUACUCAUUUACAUGGAACCAGGUUGUCGAUUUGAUCAGAACUGUUGCCGUGAUUUGAAACGAGCCAACGAACUUCGACGACUUUGUCAAAGAGAAAUUCGGAUGAAACUAGCAAAUAUUACGGGUUUUCCACAGGGCUGGUCUGCUGAAGGACGCUUGGCUCAACCGCGCUGCCUGUUUGCCUUCCACCGUCAUUUACUGCGAGGUGACUUAAAUUCCAGUCGAAAGAGAGAACUGAAGGGCAAACUGGUGGAAAAAUUAGAACAACAAAUAUAUCGCUGUAUGCAAAUAUAUGGAUUGGUUGCAACUAGCGAUAAGGAUUGCGCAUGUAGUUUACCGAAGUCUGUGGAACAGUUUGUUUACUUAUUUUCGGCUGCAGAAUCAUCUCAUGAUGUUAUUCGUGGCAGUUUAUUGAUGCUUAUUGAACGAGGCAACAGUAAAGAAGGGAACGACGGAACUGAAAAAAGUGAGAAGGAAGAGCGAAGCAGUGAUUUUGGUGAAUUUCUGCGGUCUCAUAUCUGUCUCGUGCGACAGGAUGAGGAAAGGAGGAGAUAUCUUUAUGAAAUACCUAAACUGAAGUGGCUGUUGAUUGGUGGAAAAAUCGUUUAUGAUCAGUUAUUCCAAAUACGAAUCUUCAAUGAUGAGAAAAUAUACAAACUUAGUAGCCUUGAACUGCAGUUUUCCAAAAGCAUGGAAGGCACCUACAUCGGACAGGCUAAAGCAGUAUAUCAAAGCUGUAAUAAGGAUAUGCGUGAUUUCGAAAAACGAAAGUCACAGGUUUUUACGAAAGCGGAACAUGAAGCUAAGUUGACACGUGCAGUGGAACAUCUGGAAUGCAUUUAUCAUGGUACGAGAAUAGAAAAGGUUAAAGAAAAACUGAAGCAGGAAUGCGAGGCUGUAUGGGCUACUCAAAAAGCAUGUGAAAUAGUCUCCCUAACUGGGAAUGAGUGUGUUCUACCGGUUCAUUAUUCCUUGUCGGACGUAGAAGUGCCGGCUGCAAAACGAGUUGCUCACUCAAGUGGAGCCCGUUUUCUUUCUACAUGUAAUUGUGGGCAUUCACAGGCAUUACGCAAUGAUCCGUUUUCAUUACGUGAAGCCAAUCAUGAUUUCUACAUGCAGUCACAAUUCACAUGUUGCAAAAAUAUGGAAGAAUAUGAAUUUGAAGUUUUCAAAUAUGAUGAUAUUAAUGAAGGACCAUUGGAUACAGAAAGUUUGCCGGAUAAAUCGCAAAAAUCAGCAGUUUAUCCAGAACAUAGUUCUUCCGAAUUUUCUACAACAUCGAUAGGAGAGAACGAUUUGAAAAUGCUAUUGGAUCGUGAUAAUCCCCUAGAAGAUGAUGAAGUGCAUCGCGAGAGUAUACAAUCGCCUUUCAAAACAGGAGGUACGGAUAUUGAUGAUGUGGAGAAAGAAUUAGAAGGAAAAAAAGUUUCGAUAUCGUCAGGAACGGAAAAGUGUGGUGAAGGACAAACACCUGAAGAACUGGAGAAUAAUGAUGAAGAGGACGAGGAAGAAUACGUUAGAGCAGAAGAAGCUGAGCAACAAUUUCUAGGAAUGAGGCGGCAUCGAGCGCAUAUGGAUGAUUAUGAAUCAUGGUCGCAGGAAGAUGAAGAGACUAUUCCAGAAGCUGAGGCACAAGUUUCAUAUCUUGAUGAUGAUGAUGUACAGCUACGAGAACCGGACAUAGAGAAUUCUGAUAAGUUAGAUAACUCCGCUAUGAACUUUGAAGAAGAAUUGGUAAAGUUAAGGAAACUAUGCAAAGGUCAAUUUUUGGAAUGUGUCCCAAAUACAGAAUCGCCGUCUAGAAAGCCUCUUUUUCCUUCAUGGUCACUUUUAUGUCUGGGUGCGUCAAGUUUGUACAGUCAUAAAGCUGGUCUUCGUGAUAUGCCGAACUUCAAAAAUGGGACGCAGUUUCUUCUACCGGUCGAUGUUUUUGUAACAAUCGAUCCUGAGAAAUGGGACAUUGAUAUGAAGGAAAUUAUGGGCGACUCAUGCGGUGUGAGAUCAAAGCGUCCUAUCAAAGUCAGUAAGGGCAAUCGUGAGAAAGUGAAGUUGUUUGUUGGAUUUGAAUACGAAUGUCCACGAGGACACCGAUUUAUGAUCCAGGAUGUGCAUGCCAACACUCGAAUGAAAUUAGCACCCAACUCAAAAGAGUCGGGAUCAGCUUUGAUUCGUUCAGAUUUACCACUGUGGACGAAAUGUACAUGUCGUCGUUUGCCUCAAGUAAGUGCCCAGUUGAUGCGACUCCAUGUUGUCACUCCUAAAGCUCCAGUUACUGUCAUCUUAAAUCCUCGUAUUCAGCCAACAUCAAAAGAGCCAAUAUACCAUACAGGAGAAGCGCCGAUACAUUUGGAAUGGGCUCGUUACUAUAUUCUACGGUUCCCUUAUGUUUAUGUUGGACCACAUGGAACUGUUCAACGACCCAAUGAGGCCACAAUAUCAGGUAAAUUGCUGGCGAAUUGUGUUGAAGUGCAGUACAUACCAAUGCAUUAAUCUUAUAGCUUGCUUGUAUUCGUCCUUUUUGCUCUAUUUAGCUUGAUUUUUGAUAAGGUUGUGGUGAAUAGAGGUUCACUGAAUGGAAAUAAAGGGUUUGAAAUGAAAUUUUCUUGGAGAACUUUUAUACGAGGAUGAAAAAUCUGUUCCAUUGUACGAGUUGAGAUUUAUAAGUUUUCUGUUCAAGUUUACAUUUAGGAGUAGAAGUACUUUUUGUGUAACAUAUCUUUUUGUAUAAAUUUUGAUGUCAUAUCGGUGUCUUAUUAUAUUUUAUGGCAUAUUAAACUUCAAUAGUAUCAAAUUACUGUGGUCAAAUGGCACUGCUAUACUGAA